GCACGAUCUACAAUUCUUAAUUGUAUUUGCAUAUCACAUGAACCUCCACCAGUCCAAGAUUAACGUUCUAAUCAGUUCAAAACGUUGAUGUUUGAGCUUAGCUGCUGUUUAUAUAAUCACCUUAUCUUACUUGCCCUUGUGAUCAACACUCCUAAUUAAUGUCCCUUCAUAUUUUUGGUCAAGGGCUCUUUUAACCUUCGUCUCAACUCAACCUAAUUUUCUACAGUUCCUCUGGGAAUCAAUCAAGCGCGAGGCUGCGAGCAAUGUCUGCGAAUAACAUUGAGAGCAAUGGAAAAUCCGCCGUGAACAUGGGGCAGCAGCCUGCGCAUGCAGCUCCGGUGGCUGCCGUAUUUAGUGCACUCGGGCCGUGGUCAACUGGUUUAUGUGGUUGCUUUGAAGAUACCUCCAAUUGCUGCGUGACCUGUUGCUGUCCCUGCAUCACUUUCGGUAGGAAUGUCGAAAUAAUUGACAAGGGAACCACAUCCUGUGCUCAAGCUGGGAUCAUAUACUACUGCCUGGCGCAUGUUGGGUGCGCAUCAUGUUACUCAUGCACCUAUCGUACCAAACUAAGGGCUUACUUCAAUCUCUCCGAAGACCCUUGCAACGAUUGCCUUGUUCACUGCUUCUGCCUCCCUUGUGCUGUCUGCCAAGAAUAUAGAGAGCUCAAGAAUCGCGGCCUCGACCCUUCCCACGGAUGGAUAGCAAAUGUUGAGAGAUGGAACCAACUCGCGGUCAGGACAACUGUGCCCCCAACUUUUGAAGCCGGGAUGUAUCGUUAGCCAGCUUUCAGGCCUUCAAGCACGGGAUCCUUCUGCUUUUGUGUGCUUAACUAGUAUGAUUACCAUCAAGGAUUCUAGCAAUUGCAUUAACACGAUUGCUUUCUCGUUCAUUACUAGUUUGUGUUUUGACUGUGCUUUGAUUGU